AUGGGAAGCUUGGGGCGCCGAUCACUGUGGCUGGAGGCCUUUGCCUUGUGGAAGGAGAUGCAAUUUCGCUCUUUGGAGUCCGACAUUGUCCUGUGGAACUCGCUGGCAAGCGCUGCCAAUGAUGCUGGCAGGUGGCCACAAGCGCAUGCUCUCUUGAAGCAGGCCCCUGCCGCCAACCUGCCAUUGACUACUGUGUCCCUGACUACGCUGGCACAGAGGCAAUGGUGGGAGUUUUCGCUGCUGCUCUUGCAAACGGCCGAAGACCUCGGUAUGCACACCAGUGCUUUGUGCAAUGCAGCUAUCAGUGCUUGUGCUGCGCAACAACUAUGGCAGCGAGCCGUAUGCCUUUUAAGCUUGGCGCGGAAAGCGAUGUCAUUGCCUUCAGUGCUUGCAUCACUGCCUGUGAAGGAGCGCAUGCGUGGCAAAAUGCGCUGGCCAUUUUCGGCCUUUUAG